AAGUACAUUAGUUUGUCUUUGCUAUUGAGAUACAAAUUAAUUCAACUGCAAAAUUAAUUAAAAUGUAAAUAGCUAAAAUCAUCCUAUUGUCUGUAUGUCCGAAGAACAUGUGUUAUUGAAUCUGUCAUAUUGUACGUUAAUCAAUCUUAUUGAAUAAAAACGAUUGAUUUCAAAAAUAAAGAUUAAAAUUUUCAAAUCAACAUUUUAAAGUUGAGAAGCUAAAAAUUUGUUAUACAUAAUGGCGGAACAAAAUAAUUAUUUCAAGGUUAAUCGAGGACUCAGGCAUUUCCGUCAGGAUAUGUUGGAAGCUGAUUACAUAGAAUCUGGACCCUUGAAAUAUGAUGCUACUAUUUUUGGUCCCCAUGUUGAUGGCACUAAAAGACAAGUAGCAUUUGGCAGAUGGGCUAUCCCAAAACUUAGAAAAGAGUUACUUCACAGUGACUUGACGAUUGCCAGACAAGCUUUGGUGUCCCUAUUGGAUUUUGCACAUGAUCCAGAACAAGCACAAGACAUUAUCAGAUUAAAUGUUUUGGCAAGAUUGGUUCGAAUGAUACUAUCAGAAGACGACUUCAUUCGUUAUCAUACUCUCUUGGUUUUGAAUGUUUUGGCAACUCAACCCAAUGGAGCUCAAGCCAUUGUCAACAAACAGUUCAUUAUAAAAAAUUUAUCAAAAGUUAUACCUGAUGAAAAUCCUAAAAUAAGGAAACAGGCAGCGAAUACAAUUGAAACACUUGGCAAGAGUGUGUUUGCAUUCUCCUGCUUAAUUGAUAACGAAUUUGAUCAGCAUCUUGUUGAAAGAGUUGGACUGGAGGAAGAUAUUGAUGCUCUGAUUGCCGUCCUCAGCGCUCUCGAAGCCUUCAUGAGCAAUUCAGGCAAAGCAACCGACUAUGCAAUUGAACAAGGACUGUGCGAAACAAUUUCAAUCUAUUUAAGUCACGACAGAGCAGAAGCGAAACUUGCCACACUGAAAGUUCUGCAACUUAUGCUGAUGAGACGAGCAGGAAAGCUAGCGGCUGAAAACUGUUCGGUGGAUAUGGUUUUGGAGCUGACUAAUCUGCUCGAACACGAAAACGAGGAUGUUGUACAGGAAGCUGCCAUGGCUUUGGGGCUGCUCUUCAUCACCACUAACAGUAAACUCAAAG